AUGAAUCAAGGAAAUAACUCAAAUAAUACUCCAUCGAGAGUUGUAUAUUUAGGCUCCAUACCUUACGAUCAGACAGAGCAACAGAUUCUUGAUCUUUGUACGAAUGUUGGACCUGUAGUGAGUAUGAAGAUGAUGUUCGACCCUCAAACAGGUAAAUCUAAAGGUUAUGCAUUUAUUGAAUUUAAGGAUCUAGAUACAAGUGCAUCAGCGGUAAGGAACCUAAAUGGUUAUCAAUUGGGUUCUCGAUUUUUGAAAUGUGGAUAUUCUAACAAUAAUGAUUUAAAUUCUGUUAGUGGGAGCGGUACUGGAUCUUCGGGAUCCAUGGGUGAUCAAAACGAUAUACCUGGUUCAAGUUUAAGGUUUGCAGAUUUACCAACCGGUAUAGAUGUAAAUAUUAAUAUGACAACUCCUGCAAUGAUGAUAUCGAGUGAAUUGUCGAAGUUAGAUAAAAAUGCUCAAUUAGAUUUAUUAAGGGGAUUCCAAGAAUGGUCUAAGAAUGAUGGAGACCUAGCAACAUCUUUACUUACAGAGUACCCUCAACUGACGUAUGUUAUUGCCGAACUAAUGUUAACUAAUGGUAUUGCCAAAGUUGAUGAUCUGACUCAAUUAGCAUCUUCAAACAAUAAAGGAAUUCAAAAUGGUGUCACAUCAUCUGAAAGUGAAAAUAAAAAUGCGUUAUCUAAUGACCCUGAAACACAGCAAAAACAGAAAGAUUUGUUGAGACAAGUAUUGCAAUUAAAUGAUGGUGAUAUUUCUAUCUUACCUGACGAUGAGAGGAUGACUUUAUGGGAUUUGAAACAAAGAGCCAUGAGAGGUGAUUUCGGAGGUUUAAUUUAA